CUCGCAGCGCCGGCUCUGGAGACGCGAACUCCGCCGGGGCUGAACCGGGCGCGUCCCAUCGUCGCCGCCGCCGCCCUCCGAGUCCCGCCGAGCGGACACGCGUGGGGACUGUCACCCCUUCGGCCUGCCGGGCGUUGGCACGGGCGGCAGCAUCCCAAGCUCGGGGCGCAGGCAGGAAGGGAGGUGGCGGCGGCGGCCGGCGGGGCGCGACCCCCGCGCGGGUCUCAACAAUGGUGCUCGGUGCUGGCGCGAUCCCCGCGUCCGCCCCGCGGCCGUAGAGGAAGCUGCCGGGCGACGCCCCCCGCCACACGCUCGCCCGAGUUUGCGUGGCUGGCCUCACCGGCUGGGGCUCCGCUCGCUCGCCAGCGCCCACGGCGGCUCAGCCCGGAGCAUGGUGCCGGCGCCCGGCUCUCUCUAAACGCUCCUCUGCCUCCUCCUUCUCUCGCUUCUCCCGUCCCUCCCGUGGGUGCUGCCUCGGGCUUCUCGGCGAGAGGGAGUACAACUCUCUGCCUCUCCAAGGAGACCGGCCGGUGACCACCCGACCAGAACUUGCCCAUUGAAAGCAAGCCCGGAACAGCCGGAGAAUGUCCACCCCGAGCAGAUUCAAAAAGGACAAAGAGAUCAUAGCCGAGUAUGAAAGUCAAGUGAAAGAGAUCCGAGCUCAGCUGGUAGAGCAACAGAAAUGCCUUGAGCAGCAGACGGAGAUGCGGGUUCAGCUGCUCCAGGACCUGCAAGACUUCUUCCGGAAGAAAGCUGAAAUAGAGACGGAAUAUUCCCGGAACCUGGAGAAGUUGGCGGAAAGGUUCAUGGCCAAAACGAGAAGCACCAAGGACCACCAGCAGUUCAAGAAAGACCAGAACCUGUUGUCUCCGGUGAACUGCUGGUAUCUGCUCCUGAACCAAGUGAGGAGAGAAAGCAAAGACCACGCCACCCUGAGCGACAUCUAUCUGAACAAUGUCAUUAUGCGGUUCAUGCAGAUAAGCGAGGAUUCCACCCGGAUGUUUAAAAAGAGCAAGGAGAUCGCAUUCCAGCUGCACGAGGACUUAAUGAAGGUUCUUAAUGAGCUCUACACGGUGAUGAAGACAUACCACAUGUACCACGCCGAGAGCAUUAGUGCUGAGAGCAAGCUGAAGGAAGCCGAGAAGCAAGAGGAGAAGCAGAUCGGGAGGUCCGGAGACCCCGUCUUCCACCUCAGACUAGAAGAGCGGCACCAGAGGCGCAGCUCCGUGAAGAAAAUUGAAAAGAUGAAGGAAAAGAGACAAGCAAAAUAUUCAGAAAACAAGCUGAAAUCGAUUAAAGCAAGGAACGAGUAUCUCCUGACACUCGAAGCAACCAAUGCCUCGGUGUUCAAGUAUUACAUUCACGAUCUUUCAGACUUAAUCGAUUGCUGUGAUCUUGGCUACCAUGCAAGUCUGAACAGAGCCCUCAGAACGUACCUCUCAGCAGAGUACAACCUGGAAACCUCCAGACAUGAAGGCUUGGACAUUAUCGAAAAUGCUGUUGACAAUUUAGAGCCAAGGAGCGACAAGCAGAGAUUCAUGGAGAUGUACCCUGCUGCCUUCUGUCCUCCAAUGAAGUUUGAGUUUCAGUCUCAUAUGGGUGAUGAGGUGUGUCAGGUCAGCGCCCAGCAGCCAGUCCAGGCAGAGCUCAUGCUCCGGAACCAGCAGCUGCAGUCUCGACUGGCCACACUCAAGAUCGAAAAUGAGGAGGUCAAGAAAACGACCGAAGCCACCCUCCAGACCAUCCAAGAUAUGGUCACUAUCGAAGACUACGAUGUGUCCGAGUGCUUCCAGCACAGCCGGUCCACGGAGUCCGUCAAGUCCACCGUGUCUGAAACCUACCUGAGUAAACCCAGCAUCGCCAAGAGACGCGCUAACCAGCAAGAAACGGAGCAUUUCUAUUUCAUGAAACUCCGAGAGUUCUUGGAAGGCAGUAAUCUCAUCACAAAGCUUCAGGCUAAGCAUGACUUGCUGCAGAGGACUCUUGGAGAAGGUCAUAGAGCUGAAUAUAUGACUACAAGGCCUCCAAACGUCCCCCCUAAGCCCCAGAAACACAGGAAGUCCAGGCCCCGCUCCCAGUAUAAUGCUAAGUUGUUUAAUGGGGAUUUGGAGACAUUCGUCAAGGACUCAGGCCAGGUUAUCCCUCUUAUCGUGGAAAGCUGCAUUCGGUUCAUUAAUCUUUAUGGUCUUCAGCAUCAGGGGAUUUUCAGAGUGUCUGGUUCGCAGGUGGAAGUGAACGAUAUCAAAAAUUCCUUCGAGAGAGGUGAAAAUCCUUUGGCCGAUGACCAGAGCAACCACGAUAUUAACUCUGUGGCCGGAGUUCUGAAGCUCUACUUCCGGGGGCUGGAAAACCCCCUCUUUCCCAAGGAAAGGUUUAAUGACCUGAUUUCUUGUAUCAGAAUAGAUAAUCUCUAUGAGAGAGCGCUUCACAUCCGCAAACUGCUCCUGACCUUGCCCAGGUCCGUCCUUAUCGUGAUGAGAUAUCUGUUUGCCUUCCUCAAUCACCUUUCCCAGUACAGCGAUGAGAACAUGAUGGACCCUUACAAUCUGGCCAUCUGCUUUGGCCCAACGCUGAUGCCUGUUCCAGAAAUACAGGACCAAGUAUCCUGCCAGGCACACGUGAACGAAAUCGUGAAGACCAUCAUCAUCCAUCAUGAGACCAUCUUCCCAGAUGCUAAAGAGCUGGAUGGCCCCGUGUAUGAGAAGUGUAUGGCUGGAGGCGACUACUGCGACAGCCCAUACAGUGAGCAUGGUACACUGGAGGAAGUGGACCAGGACGCCGGCACCGAGCCCCACACCAGUGAAGACGAGUGUGAGCCAAUUGAAGCAAUCGCCAAGUUUGACUAUGUCGGGCGGUCUGCUAGAGAGCUGUCCUUCAAGAAGGGUGCGUCCCUCCUGCUGUAUCAUCGUGCCUCUGAGGACUGGUGGGAAGGCAGACACAAUGGCAUUGAUGGUCUCGUCCCUCAUCAGUACAUCGUGGUGCAGGACAUGGAUGAUACAUUUUCAGACACUCUGAGCCAAAAAGCUGACAGUGAAGCCAGCAGCGGGCCAGUCACUGAAGACAAGUCUUCAUCCAAGGACAUGAACUCUCCAACUGACCGCCAUUCUGACAGCUAUUUAGCCAGGCAAAGAAAAAGAGGAGAGCCACCCCCUCCAGGAAGACGUCCUGGCAGGACCAGUGAUGGCCAUUGUCCCCUGCAUCCCCCACAUGCUCUUUCCAACUCCUCAAUUGACCUGGGGUCCCCAAACCUAGCCAGUCACCCCAGGGGCCUGUUGCAAAAUCGUGGCCUCAAUAAUGACAGCCCUGAGCGACGGCGACGGCCGGGCCAUGGCAGCCUGACCAACAUCAGCCGCCAUGACUCCCUCAAGAAGAUUGAUAGCCCUCCUAUCAGGAGGUCGACGUCAUCAGGACAAUACACAGGCUUCAAUGACCACAAGCCACUGGACCCAGAAACAAUUGCUCAGGAUAUCGAAGAGACUAUGAACACUGCUUUGAACGAACUCCGGGAACUAGAAAGACAGAGCACGGUGAAGCAUGCCCCCGAUGUCGUGCUGGACACCUUGGAGCAAGUGAAAAACUCGCCCACCCCUGCAACCUCCAUGGAAUCUCUAAGCCCCCUGCACAACGUCGCCCUCAGGAGCUCGGAGCCUCAGAUUCGCCGGAGCACGAGCUCGUCCAGUGAUACAAUGAGUACUUUCAAGCCGAUGGUGGCGCCCAGGAUGGGCGUGCAGCUGAAGCCCCCAGCCCUUAGGCCAAAGCCUGCUGUUCUUCCAAAAACAAACCCUACUGUAGGGCCCGCCGCACCUUCCCAGGGUCCCGCAGACAAGUCUUGCACGAUGUAGAAACCAAGGUCCUGAGGGGAGGGAGUCUGAAGAUGAAGAUGGAUUAGUGACAGUGGUCCGUGACGUUCCUCAGUCUUGCGCCUAUAACUGGAGAUCUUUUUGACUUUUCUAUGUCUUCGAAUGUAAUGGUGUCGGGGACUUAGCUACAUUAACAUGGGCAUUUGUAUUUUGUAACCUUUUUUAAUAACUGGACAUAUGUCAUUUUAAAGACAAUAGAAACUCUCAGACUUACUUGAAAAUCCAAUGCUGCAGCCCUUGUCCCUGCGGUAUAUGGCUUUGGAUUGUGUGGCCCAGGUGAGUGGCCUGUGAGAAAGAGAACCCGAGUUCCAGGUCUUACUGGAGUAUCACCCGCCAUGGUCUGUGACACAUGCAGGAAGAGCCAUUGUCUAGAAACCAACACCAAGCAUCCAGAGUGGGGUCCAGUACCUGUUAAAAGUCACAGAGGGGGCUUCAGUGAGACUUUCAGUCCAUAGCUUGCAGGGAGUCCAUGAUGGCCCCUUCCAUAAAUGUCAUUUCCCUGGAUCUGGGUUAAGAACUCAAUGGAAGAAGGUAGGAAAACCUCAGCUAUUGCUUGAACUGAACCUGAAAGGCAGAGGAGACAGUGUCUCCAAAGCUGUUGGCAUUGCUCCCUCCGAGAACACGAUCAGGCCCUGGAGAUGUCCAAGUCCAGCACCUCCACUUGCAAAGGACUAGAGCAGUUGAAUAUUGAGGACUUUCUGGUUACAGCACAAACUCCUACAAAGUUGUUCAACAACUGCCUGAGAAAUAUUUCUCCCUUCCUUCAAACCCCAUGCUCUCCUUUAUGGCAAUGGAAACGACAGGAAAUUGAUUCACGGAUGUUGUGACCCAAUUACCUUGCUUCUUUUAGGCCACAGAGGCUCAAUGGUCCCAAAUCUUGAACCCCCAGCUCUGAUGCCCACAUCUCUUUGAGCCAAGCCAGAUCUGGCUACGGUACUGAGGGAGAGCCCAGCCGGGCCACCAUGGGAAGAUGACCCUGUGGUGCCAGGAUGGCCUCUUCCCGGUUUUGUACCUCAGAAUCAUGACUUCUGUUCUUGUCCUAUUCAUGUUUGGUUUGUUGUUUUGGAUUUUUGCCUGUGACCUCUACAGAGCUCAUCUAGUCAAAUGGACUCCGUUAGGAACUUCUUUCCUGGCAUUUUAGCGCAUAGCCAUUUUUCUUUAUCAUAUAUUCACUAUAUUUUUCCUCUAGCUUAAAAAAAAUGGCAGAUUGUGUGUUUGUUUAGUACUGGGAUUGAUUUGAACCGGAGGCCUCUUGCAUGCUAAGCACACACUUUACAACUGAGUUAUAUCCACCCCAUGCCCAGAUCGUCCUGAACACAACUGUUUUUACUAAGGUACAGAUCGCCCAUGUAGCCACAGCCUCUGGUGUCUACAUUAGCAUGCACUUCCUGAUGAAGCCAGCAGAUGGCUCAGAACAAGCCCCUUUGGACACACCAUUAAUCAAUCACCUUUUAGGUUUAAUCUCACCCAUCUCAGAGUGGCAUGGUGUUGACAAUAAUUCAUGCAGAAACCAAGUAAGAGCUGUACUAAAAUCAAGAUCAUGAGUGACCUCUACCUCAGUUUGCCGACCUAAUCAUUCCUUUGCAGAAACACAACAUGGAUGAAAUAGUCCCUUUCCAAGUCACUCUCCUCGUCUCACAACCACCCCUAGGUACUUCCCGGGAUGGUAAGGUUUUAAACCUCACAAUUGCCAGUGGUGGUGGUGGUGGUGGUGGUGCACACCUUUAAAUCCAGUACUCGGAGGCAGAGAC